ACUCAAGCAUUGACCACCGCUUGAAGCCAAGAUGAAGUCUUUCCUGGUAACAUUCGUCGUCUUAGCUGUCCUUUCCAAAGUUCUUUGCGAAGAUGCUAAAAAGAAAAAUGAAAAGCGUGGCAUCAUCGAUAGUGGAUAUGGAGGUGGAUUUGGUGGAGGACUAGGAGGAGGACAUGGGGGAGACUUUGGAGGCGGAAGCGGUGGACUUGGAGGUGGACAUGGAGGUGGUUUAGGGGGAGGAUUUGGGGGAGGAAUCGGAGGAGGAUUCGGUAGUGGAUUUGGAGGAGGCGCUGGUGGCGGAUUUGGAGGAGGAGCUGGUGGUGGAUUUGGAGGAGGAGCUGGUGGUGGAUUUGGAGGAGGAGCUGGUGGUGGAUUUGGAGGAGGAGCUGGAGCCGGAGGUGGAGCUACCGUCAGCACUGUAACCAACACAGUUAACGUACCAGUACCAGUUCCACAACCGUACACAGUCACUCGUACAGUUCCAGUUCCCGUACAAGUUCCAGUUCCAGUAGCAGUUCCACGACCAGUACAAGUACCUGUUCCAGUACCACAACCCGUUGUUGUACCACGCCCAGUACCAGUCACCGUAACCAGAACAGUCCAAGUUCCAGUACCAACACCAGUUCAAGUACCAGUCCAAGUUCCAGUUCAAGUACCUGUCCCACAACCAUACCCUGUUACUGUUCCACAACCAGUCCCAGUUAGAGUACCAAACACCGUUGUUGUACCAGUACCACAACCCAUUUUUGUUGGAGGAGGUGGUGGAGCCGGAGGCGGAGCUGGUGGUGGUUUCGGAGGUGGAGCCGGAGGUGGUUUUGGAGGUGGAUUUGGAGGUGGAUUCGGAGGUGGAUUCGGAGGUGGAUUCGGAGGAGGAUUAGGAGGUGGUUUAGGAGGAGGAUUAGGAGGUGGUCAUGGAGGAUUAGGAGCAGGACUUGGAGGUGGAUUAGGUGGAGGACAUGGAGGAUUAGGGGGUGGAUUCGGAGGUGGUUCCAUCGGGCAUGGAGGUGGAGCAUCCAGUUUUUCUUCCAUUUCCUUUGGAAAACAUUAA